AUGUUCACGGGGAUAGUCGAGGAGAUUGGCGUCGUCGCCGAGCUCAACCCGCACGAUGAGACGGGCGGGACGUCGCUGACGAUCCAGCUGCCGGCGGGGUCGCAGCUGUUGUCGGACGCGCACCUGGGCGACAGCAUCGCCGUCAACGGGUGCUGCCUGACCGUCACCACCUUCGACGCGGCCACCGCCUCCGGGGCGCCGCCGCAGUUCACCGUGGGCAUCGCGCCCGAGACGCUGCGCCUGACGAACCUGGGCGAGCUGGUGGGCGGGUCGCGCGUGAACCUGGAGCGGGCGGUGCGGGCGGACACGCGCAUGGGCGGGCACUUUGUGCAGGGGCACGUCGACACGGUGGCAACCAUCACGCGGCGCGAGCCCGACGGCAACGCCGUGACGAUGCGGUUCGCGCCGCGGUCGCGCGACGUGCUGCGCUACGUCGUCUACAAGGGCUUCAUCGCGCUCGACGGCGCCAGCCUGACCGUCACAAAGGUCGACGACGACGAGGGCUGGUGGGAGGUGAUGCUCAUCUCGUACACGCAGGAGCGCAUAGUCACCGCCGCCAAGAAGGCCGGCGACACGGUCAACGUCGAGGUCGACAUGACGGCCAAGUACGUCGAGAAGAGCCUGUCGGCCUACCUGCUGAGUCUCGAGGAGACGGGCGCCGGCGGCUUCCCGCUGCUGCAGAAGAUGGUAGAAAGGAUGGUGGCCCAGAGCUUCUCGUAG